AAAGUCGCAGAAAAGUGAAGUGAAUCGAAAGGUUAAAGUUUCAAACACCUGUUGCCGGUUACCAAAAAGAAACAAAAAAUAAUAAUGGGUGAAAAGAGUUCGAAAUGAAAUGCACUGAAGUGCAUAUUUUUUUUCGGUUUUUCAUUUGCACAAUCCACCCACAAAAUGUACAAACACAAAAACCACAUUAAACUAUGAAAUACGUUCAGAAAACCAAUAAAAGAAAAAUACUAACAAUAAAGAAAGAGAGGCUUUGAUAAGUAGGCUAUAUGUUGCAGGCACAGCAGCAACACUAACGGUUGUUCGGGGGUAUUGUUAAUGUAGCUGCCUUUUUGGCUUACGACGAGCACAUGGAAAGCACAAACUAGCAGCAAUAAGGAUCUAACGAGAAGGACAUUCAAGUAUCAAAUUAAAAAGGAUCUACGGAGCAUAUAAAAUAAAUACAAAAUUAAUAACAAUAAUUACCUAAUAAGCAAAUCAGCAAAGGAUUAUCCAUCGAACGUGAAUAAUUCAAAUUAAAGAAGGAGCUAAGGAAAAUAAAUAUAAUAAAUGUUAAACAUCCUGAUGAGAAUUUCCAACAAAUAAUCGAAAAAGAAAUCAGAAAGCACUGUGGCAUUAAAGCACAUAAGCAAAGCAGCACUUAAACUUUGCGGCUUAUCAGAAAUCGGGCAAUAUCAGAGCCCCGCCAUGCAAAAAAGAAAAAAACGCUAGACUUCAGAGAGUGGCAAGAAGAAAGUGUGGAAAAUAAACCAGAUUAACAUUAAACAAAGGACUAGAAAGCUUAAGGCUUUGGAAAGCCACAAGGGAUAACCGAGAGCUAGAACUGUAGUGGCACUAGAACCCCCCCUCCUGCAACAUGGUGCUAAACCUUCUCUUUAUAACCACUGUGAUCAAGUCGACAUUUGGCGUGGUGACCACGGGACUCUGGCUGAUUCCCCUGAUGCUGGCCGCCAUCACCUACUAUCGCUACGAUGCCGUCGAUCCCGAAUCGAGACCACUGGAUCAGCUAAAUCUCUUUCCCGAGUACGACUUCAUAGUGGUGGGCAGUGGUUCGGCCGGUGCGGUGGUGGCCAAUCGUUUGAGUGAGGUGAGGAAAUGGAAAGUGCUGCUCAUCGAGGCCGGUCCCGAUGAAAACGAGAUCUCAGAUGUACCAUCGCUGGCCGCCUAUCUGCAGCUGAGUAAACUGGAUUGGGGCUACAAGACGGAACCCUCGACGAAGGCCUGUUUGGGCAUGCAAAACAAUCGCUGCAAUUGGCCAAGAGGACGUGUGCUGGGCGGCAGUUCGGUGCUUAACUACAUGCUCUAUGUGCGCGGCAAUCGCAAUGACUACGAUCACUGGGCCUCGUUGGGUAAUCCCGGCUGGGAUUACGAUCAUGUGCUGCGGUACUUCAAGAAGUCGGAGGACAAUCGUAAUCCCUAUUUGGCGAACAACAAGUAUCACAAUCGCGGUGGUCUGCUGACGGUCCAGGAAUCCCCAUGGCAUUCUCCAUUGGUGGCCGCCUUCGUGGAGGCCGGCACUCAGAUGGGCUACGAGAAUCGUGACAUAAAUGGGGCCAAACAGGCGGGUUUCAUGAUCGCCCAAGGAACCAUUCGACGCGGAUCGAGAUGCUCCACGGCCAAGGCCUUCCUGCGACCAAUACGUUCGCGCAAGAACUUCCAUCUCUCGAUGAACUCCCAUGUGACGCGCAUCAUCAUUGAGCCCGGAACGAUGAGGGCCCAGGCCGUGGAGUUUGUGAAACAUGGCAAGGUCUAUCGCAUUGCCGCUAGAAGGGAGGUGAUCCUCUCGGCCGGUGCCAUCAAUACACCGCAGCUAAUGAUGCUAUCCGGUUUGGGACCGCGAAAACAUCUGGAAAAGCUGGGAAUCCGUGUGCUGCAAGAUCUGCCCGUUGGCGAGAAUAUGCAGGAUCAUGUGGGAAUGGGCGGACUCACCUUCCUGGUGGACAAGCCCGUGGCAAUUGUCCAGGAUCGUUUCAAUCCCACGGCCGUUACCUUUCAGUAUGUACUACGCGAACGUGGACCCAUGACGACAUUGGGCGGAGUGGAGGGCUUGGCCUUUGUCCAUACACCCUACUCCAAUCGCAGCCUCGACUGGCCGGACAUCCAGUUCCACAUGGCACCGGCCUCCAUCAAUUCGGAUAACGGAGCGAGGGUGAAGAAGGUGUUGGGUCUGAAGGAGUCCGUGUACCAGGAGGUCUAUCAUCCAAUAGCGAACAAGGAUAGUUGGACCAUUAUGCCGCUGUUGUUGAGACCCCGAUCGCGGGGUUCUGUCAAAUUGCGAACGGCCAAUCCCUUUCACUAUCCCCUGAUCAAUGCCAACUACUUUGACGACCCACUGGAUGCCAAGACACUGGUGGAGGGUGCCAAGAUAGCACUGCGAGUGGCCGAGGCCCAGGUCUUCAAGCAAUUCGGCUCGAGAUUGUGGCGAAAGCCAUUGCCAAAUUGCAAGCAGCACAAGUUCCUCUCCGAUGCGUAUUUGGAGUGUCAUGUGCGGACCAUUUCGAUGACCAUCUAUCAUCCGUGCGGCACUGCGAAAAUGGGACCCGCCUGGGAUCCCGAGGCUGUGGUGGAUCCCCGAUUGAGGGUCUAUGGAGUACGUGGACUGCGUGUGAUUGAUGCCAGCAUUAUGCCAACGAUCAGUAGUGGCAAUACGAAUGCGCCGGUGAUAAUGAUUGCGGAAAAGGGCGCCGAUCUGAUCAAGGAGGAUUGGCUAACGAAUCCCGAGUACAAAGUCAAGCGGCAGGCCCAAGUUCAAGAUGCACAGGCAGCUGGGAGCAACAUUCAGGGCAUUAGUGUGCCUGCCAGCAACAUUAGUCACAGUGACAGGAGCAACAUGGAGAUCGGUUUCGGCAACAGCAGUCACAUCAACAUCAGCAACUUCAGCAAUAGCAGUCACAUAAGCAACAGCAACAGCAGCAACAUCGACAGCAGCAACAUCUACAGCAGCAACAUCGACAGCAGCAACUUCACACUCAACUAUGCGGAUAGUUAGUGACUUGAGAAGGAUAACAGAGCUCCAGUCAGCUCCAGAUUUUGUGCUCAGGGCUCCAUUAGCUUUAAACACUUGCAAAAGUGUCCACAACGAGAGACAACACAAAAUGUUUGCCAUUGCUAAAGUAACUUGUUGAGAAGGUAACUCUUUGGGAUAGAGGAUAACUCAACAAAAGCCAGAAUGUGAUCCAAAAACACACAGAAAAUUGUUCACUGAAACCAGAAGCUAUCUACUUUUCAACCCGAAGUUAUCAUAUUUAUGGAAUCGACCAAAAUAAUGUCUACUCUUUUGUUUGAAAGAAGUCCACAACCAUCAACAUGGAUAUUCACUACUGAAGUUCAUUUGAAAAACAUUUUGGAUUGCUCAUGAAAACUCAAUUAAAAAGGUUUAAAAACCCUACUAUUAAAUCUGAAGCUGUGCAUUAAAAACGGCUCUUCAUAAAAGUUUUAUAUCUAAAACUUAACCAACUUUAUCUCUGUUUCUCACGAUGCUUUUAGUUCAUUUAUGUUUUGUUAUUAAGACAAUCAAAUGAUUCUAACUAAAAAUUGUUUUUUCAGUAGAAAUCAACACAAUUACUGCGGAAGGAAUUCAAUUACAUAUGUAGUAAAUUAACUUCUAAACCUUUUUAUUACCUAUGAUGGAAAAAUUGGUUGUUAACUUAUAACUCCUGGUUAAAAAUGUAUGUUAUACACAAAGGAGAAGUUUACAAACUCAUACUGCCCAUUGAAUCUCAUCGCAUGACGUCCUCAAAAACUCUACACAACGAUCAAUUGCAAGACGGAAACCAGAAAUCGAGUCAUAGAUUAAAUGCUUACCCUCAAUUAUGCUGUAUUCUUAGCUCUAAUUAGUAAUUGUUGUUCUUUUUUUUUUGUUUAUGUAGUAUUUAUACUAAGCUAGAAUUAGAUAAUUUAAUAUUGUUUGACUAUUUAUAGGAAACUCCCAUACA